UGCUCAUUCACGAUAGAUUCGGAAAGAUUGCGAUCAGGUUUUUGUUUAGUUUCUCAGAACUCAACUCGGGAAGCUCUAGUAGUCGUUUUGAGUGGAGAUAAUAUUUUGAAAUAGCGGGAAAAUGUCUGCAGUUGGAAUCCUGCAUUUACUGGUGCUUUUCACCUGUAUUGCGUCGUCAGGCGCGGCUUUGUCUCCAGCAGCCAAUGGCCGACAACGAGGAUUUAUUGGGAUUCAGGGUCCUGACUUGGACUCAGUCUAUGUUGACCCGGUUACAAUGAGCACAUUAAAGAGUGGCCUGACCACAGUUUUCCUUCCUCUCGUCUACGUUUUUGUGUUUGCUGUGGGUUUGCCCAGCAAUGCCAUGGCAAUUUGGGUCUUUGUCUUCAGAUCAAAGAAGUUCCACCCAGCAGCUAUCUACAUGGCCAACCUUGCCUUGGCUGACUUGCUGUUUGUCAUCUGGGUCCCACUAAAGAUCGCCUACCACUUCAAUGGCAACAACUGGACCUUCGGAGAGGAGAUGUGUAAAGUUCUGGUGGGCUUCUUCUAUGGGAACAUGUAUAGUUCUAUCCUGUUCAUUGCAUGUUUGAGCGUGCAGCGAUACUGGGUGGUGGCUCAUCCACUCACGCAGCAGAGGAUGGACAAUAGACUGGCGAUUGCUGUAUCAGUAUGCAUUUGGGCUUUUAUUUGGAUCAGUACCACACCACUCUUCCUGUACCAGCAGACGGUCAAAAUCUCUGGGCUUAACAUAACCACUUGCCACGAUGUCAACAUAAUCACAAUGGAAAACUUUAAGAGUGGGAGCACAUUUCUGGAUGUGCAGAAGCCAUACUAUUACUUCAUGGUGAUGGCGGGGUUGGCGUUCUUCAUACCCUGUGUGGUUAUCAUCACAGCGUACGUCCUGAUGAUGCGCAAACUGGGACACUCCACUAUGGAGGGAAGUAACGCUAGCAAGAACCGUCGCCGGGCCAUUGUUCUCAUCAUUACAGUUCUCGUUACGUUCCUGGUCUGUUUUAUUCCUAGCAAUGUGAUGCUGGUGGUGCAUUAUGCUCUCCUGGGGAGUGGAAUUGCUAACAAUGGAUAUGGCUUCUACAUCACCACCUUGUGCUUGGCCAGCCUCAACAGCUGCCUGGAUCCCUUGCUGUACUAUUUUGUGUAAGAGGAGUUCCGGUCCCAUGUGAAGAACACGCUCCUGUGUCGAAGCAGCCGGACUGUGGAGAGGAUGAGAGUCUCCUUCAGUUCUCUGAAGUAUUCUAAGAAGACUAACACUUACACAUCUAGCACAGGCCAGACAGAUAGCAGUACAAUCUAAGAGCUGCAACGUACAUUUAAAAAGAGAAUGGAUGAUUACUUUGGCUGACUGUGAAUUAUUAUUUUAUUAGAGAUUCAUUAGACUAAUAUUUAGAUUUUCUCAGGUAGCAAAAAUCCAUAGAGGUGGAUUUAUUUUUGUAGGAAAGAAGCCAGGAUUUGUUUGACUGAGUCUUUAUAAAAGAAAGGGUGUGUGUGUGUGUGAGAGUGCGUGUUUGUGCAUGCGUGUAUGUGUGUGUGUGUGCGCACGUCCAUGUCUGUAAUUUAUAUACAGGAAAUGUUACUUGGUAUCAUAAACAAGGACAACACGGAGUCACAGAAUGAAACUUGACACAAAAACCUCUCUGGUGCAGCCAGUCAAGUUUGUGAAUUUUGUUGUUGUUGUUGUUUUUAUCUAAAUGUAAAGUGUGAAGCUCUUCUGCUUCUAAUAGACUGAAUCAGUCAUUUGAAGUUGUUUUGUUCUUUUAUGCCAUGUUUUUGUCGGUGCCCACUGCUGCCAGCUAUGUGACUAACCUCAGAUUUUAUUGUUGUUUUAUUGUCUGUGUGGUGAUUUUGUGUCAAAGGCUCAUAAAAAAAUUUUAAAAUAGUUUUUACAUUAGAUUUGGCUUCAAGACAGUUACAACCACAGACAGAAUAUACAAAGAGUGUAUAUAUAAAGAGCUAGAUAUAUGAGCAUGUAUGAAUGAUAGAACUGACUCUUGUUCAGGCAUUACACCGUCUUUAAAUCUACUUCACAUUUAAAACUACAGACAUUUAUUUUUGUACAUAUUUAUGUAAUGUCACUACAAUAAAUGUUUUGUAUAUUAUCAAUUGUUUUUGUGUUUUGUUUCCUAAUACACUCUUAAAUAUACUGAAACCUGAAGAGUUUCCAACAGCUAACAUACUGAGGUGCUUUUGUUCACACACUCAUGAGUCAUUGUCACAUGACUUGUGAGAUAUGAUGACAUCAGUGUAUGACAGUGACCUGUACAAUGAGACAUAUCUAAAAUUACUUAUUGCCUAAUUAAAUUCCAGAGUCAUGUCC